CUUACUAAUAAAUAAUAGUAUUUGUAACAUUCGCUAGCGGCUGUAACAUUCGCUUCCACAUCUCCUCUCAUUAUACAAUUCCCUAUUUACCUUCCUUAUUAGGUAAUCCAGCUAGCACUUGAAGAACAUCUUGAAUCCAGAUGGAAGGAGUCCCACCGUCUUGUAAUGAGGAUGAUGUCAACUUGACAUCGAAUCAGUUCGAUUUUCAAUCACCAGAAGAUUCAUUCAAUAUUUCUGAGUUUCUCUUGUCGCCACCGGAGGUUCCAGGCAACCAAAGCUUCAUGUUAUGCAAUGAUCAUGCUGGUCAGAACAUGGUGGUGGAUAACAAUGUGAUCAACGAUAGUAUUCAACAAACAACUGAUCAGUUUCCACCUUCAUUUCCUCAAACCAUGAUGGAAGGGUUCCAACCAUCUUUUAUGGAGGAGGUUGACAACAUGACAUGGGAUCAGCUGGGUUUUCAAUCAGAAGAAGAUACAUUCAAUAUGUCUGAGCUUCUCUCGCUGCCACCGGAGGUUCCAGUCAACCAAAGCUCCAUAUCAUGCAAUGAUCAAGGUGGACAGAACAAUGUGAUCAACGAUAGUAUUCAACAAACAACUCCGUUUCCAACUUCAUUUCCUGAAACAGUGAUGGAAGGAGUCCCACAAUCUGCGGAGGAUGAUGUCAACUUGACAUCGAAUCAGUUUGAUCUUCAAUCACCAGAAGAUACAUUCAUGCUUGACCCUGAGCUUCUCUUGGACCAACAAUGGACUGAUUAUCAGUUACCAAUGAGCAAUCAAGUGCCUGCGAUGCUACCUACUAGGCCGGCAGACAACCAAGGCUCCAUAUUAUGCAAUGAUCAAGGUGGACAGAACAAUGUGAUCAACGAUAGUAUUCAACAAACAACUGAUCAGUCUCCACCUUCAUUUCCUCAAACCAUGAUGGAAGGGUUCCUACCAUCUUCUAUGGAGGAUAAUGUCAACUUUACAUCGAAUGAGCUCGAUUUUCAAUCACUAUUGCCCGACCUUGAGCUUCUCUCGCCGCCACCGGAGGUUCCAGUCAACCAAAGCUCCAUAUCAUGCAAUGAUCAAGGUGGACAGAACAAUGUGAUCAACGAUAGUAUUCAACAAACAACUCAGUUUCCAACUUCAUUCCCUGAAACAAUGAUGGAAGGGUUCCAACCAUCUUUUAUGGAGGAGGUUGACAACAUGACAUGGGAUCAGCUGGGUUUUCAAUCAGAAGAAGAUACAUUCAAUAUGUCUGAGCUUCUCUCGCCGCCACCGGAGGUUCCAGUCAACCAAAGCUCCAUAUCAUGCAAUGAUCAAGGUGGACAGAACAAUUUGAUCAACGAUAGUAUUCAACAAACAACUCAGUUUCCAACUUCAUUUCCUGAAACAAUGAUGGAAGGGUUCCCACCAUCUUCUAUGGAUGAUCUUGAAUCACUAUUUCUCUCGCCGGCACCGGAGGUUCCAGUCAACCAAGGCUCCAUAUUAUGCAAUGAUCAAGGUGGACAUAAGAAUGUGAUCAACGAUAGUAUUCAACAAACAACUCAGUUUCCAACUUCAUUUCCUGAAACCAUGACGGGACAUGGCUAUAUGACACCGAAUGCAACCACAUCACAACAUGGUGAAUUCAAUCAACCUGGACCUUCUUCUCUUGCUCCCUGUGAAUUCAUUAUGUUUGAAUAUAGGUAUCAGCCUAAUCCUAAUUUAUUUGAUCCUCAAUGUGCCAAUCCUUUGAGGGACCAACAAUUGACUAAUUAUCAGUUACCAAUGAGCAAUCAAGUGCCUGCGAUGCUACCUGGACCUCAUCCUCCAAUGAAUCAAUGGAUUCAACAUUUUCCUAAUCAAGGACAAGUCGAUCAAGCUUUUGCAAUUCCUAAUAUAGACAAUAUGCAACAGGAGAACUUCGUGCCUCAAAACUUUGACAACUCUACUAGGUCACAGAUGGAUAAUCUCCAAGUCCGAGGAUUGCAAAAUCAAACUGCUAGGCCAAAUGCCUCAAAUCCUGGCCUUGGCACUUCCCUGCAAAGUCAAAAUAGGGGUUUAAAUACUCAACAAAUGGAAGGGUUCCCACCAUCUUCUAUGGAUGACUUGACAGAGUUCGAUCUUGAAUUACUAUUUCUCUCGCUGCCACCGGAGGUUCCAGUCAACCAAAGCUCCAUAUCAUGCAAUGAUCAAGGUGGACAGAAGAAUGUGAUCAACGAUAGUAUUCAACAAACAACUCCGUUUCCAACUUCAUUUCCUGAAACAGUGAUGGAAGGGUUCCAACCAUCUUUUAUGGAGGAGGUUGACAACAUGACAUGGGAUCAGCUGGGUUUUCAAUCAGAAGAAGAUACAUUCAAUAUGUCUGAGCUUCUCUUGCCGCCACCGGAGGUUCCAGUCAACCCAAGCUCCAUAUCAUGCAAUGAUCAAGGUGGACAGAACAAUGUGAUCAACGAUAGUAUUCAACAAACAACUCCGUUUCCAACUUCAUUUCCUGAAACCAUGCCGGGACAUGGCUAUAUGACACCGAACGCAACCACAUCACAACAUGGUGGCUUCAAUCAACCUGGACCUUCUUUUCCUCCUCCCUGGGACCAACAAUGGACUGAUUAUCAGUCACCAAUGAGCAAUCAAGUGCCUGCGAUGCUACCUGGACCUCAACCUCCAAUGAGUCAAUGGCAUCAGAACUCCUUUAUUCAUCAACCUCAGCCGGGACAUGGCUAUAUGACACCGAACGCAACCACUUCACAGCAUGGUGGCUUCAAUCAAUCUGGACCUUCUUCUCCUGCUCCCCGGAUUCAAACUUUUUCUAAUGAAGGACAAAUAGAUCAAGCUGCUGUAAUUCCUAACAUAGACAAUAUGCAACAAGAGAACUUCGUGCGUAGGUCACAGAUGGAUAACCUCCAAGUCCGAGGAUUGCAAAAUCAAAUUGCUAGGCCAAAUGCCUCAAAUCCUGGCCCUGACACCUCCUUUCAAAGUCAAAUUAGGGGCUUAAAUACUCAACAAGUUGAAAUGGUUGGAUCAAAGGAUCCAUUUUGGAAUUAUAUUGAAGAUAUGGCUGAUGGUAGCAUGAAGUGUAAGUUUUGUCCACAUACAUUUGCCAAUAAAACCUCCAUUUCAAGGAUCAAAUGGCAUUUAUCAGGAGAGGAAGGGCAUCAUGUUGCCAUUUGUCGUGGGGUGACUAAAGAAGUUCAAGAAGCAGCCUUUCUAGCUAUGUGUGGUGGCAACAAAAGACUUAAAAGCACAGAAAGUUCAAUCAAUGUUAAUGAUUCUGGAAUUUCAACUUGUCCACAAGAACAAAACAUUAAGAUUGAAAAUAUGGGAGGAGGUAUUGGAAGGGUACAUAGAGAAGUUCAGGUUGUAGAUCCUGGAGUAGAGGAAGAGAGGAUUUCUUCACAAGCAAUAGCAAGAAACGACGAAGUAAGCUCCAACUCCGAGGAUGACCUCGAAGUCACAGGAUUGCAAAUUCAAACUGCUAGGCCAAAUGCCUCAAAUCCUGGCCUUGACACUUCCCUGCAAAGUCAACUUAGGGGUUUAAAUACUCAACAAGUUGAAAUGGUUGGAUCAAAGGAUCCAUUUUUGAAUUAUAUUGAAGAUAUGGCUGAUGGUAGCAUGAAGUGUAAGUUUUGUCCACAUACAUUUGCCAAUAAAACCUCCAUUUCAAGGAUCAAAUGGCAUUUAUCAGGAGCAGAAGGGCAUGGUGUUGCCAUUUGUCGUGGGGUGACUAAAGAAGUUCAAGAAGCAGCCUUUCUAGCUAUGUGUGGUGGCAACAAAAGACUUAAAAGCACAGAAAGUUCAAUCAAUGUUAAUGAUUCUGGAAUUUCAACUUGUCCACAAGAACAAAACAUUAAGAUUGAAAAUAUGGGAGGAGGUAUUGGAAGGGUACAUAGAGAAGUUCAGGUUGUAGAUCCUGGAGUAGAGGAAGAGAGGAUUUCUUCACAAGCAAUAGCAAGAAACGACGAAGUAAGCUCCAACUCCGAGGAUGACCUCGAAGUCACAGGAUUGCAAAUUCAAACUGCUAGGCCAAAUGCCUCAAAUCCUGGCCUUGACACUUCCCUGCAAAGUCAACUUAGGGGUUUAAAUACUCAACAAGUUGAAAUGGUUGGAUCAAAGGAUCCAUUUUUGAAUUAUAUUGAAGAUAUGGCUGAUGGUAGCAUGAAGUGUAAGUUUUGUCCACAUACAUUUGCCAAUAAAACCUCCAUUUCAAGGAUCAAAUGGCAUUUAUCAGGAGCAGAAGGGCAUGGUGUUGCCAUUUGUCGUGGGGUGUCUAAAGAAGUUCAAGAAGCAGCCUUUCUAGCUAUGUGUGGUGGCAACAAAAGACUUAAAAGGACAGAAAGUUCAAUCAAUGUUAAUGAUUCUGGAAUUUCAACUUGUCCACAAGAACAAGACAUUAAGAUUGAAAAUAUGGGAGGAGGUAUUGGAAGGGUACAAAGAGAAGUUCAGGUUGUAGAACCUGGAGCAGAGGAAGAGAGGAUUUCUUCACAAGCAAUAGCAAGAAACGACGAAGUAAGCAUGACCGGAGUGAGAGCACAUGAAGAUAGUGUUUCCAAAGAGGCACUCGAGAGUAGACUGAGGACAGAACCAGUGGAUCGAGCGUUGGAACAAAGCAAUGCAGUACUUGGCAAUUUGGCAGGGUGUGCUGGAAGGAUACAAGUGGGAGUUCAGGGCAUGGAACAAGGUCCCGGAGAAGAGAGAAUUCAGUCACAUUUACAAGCAGAAAAUGACAUAGAAAACACUGGUGAAGGAUCUUUUCAGCAUGAUGCAUUUGAGAGUAUACCAAGAACAGAGCAAGUGCAGCUUCUGGAGCCGCGAGGAGAUUCAUCCCAAAUUUGUCUUGACAUUGGAAGAUGUUAUGGUCAACCUUGUGCUUCAUCAGUAAACAAUGAGGUAACUAUGCAUGAUGAGCAGGACAUGGUUAGAGUGAGGACAGAACCAGUGGAGGAGGAGGAUGUGGAGAGUAGUGGAAGAUCAGUAGUGCAGGCUGGCGCAGGAGCUAGAUCUUCUAAAAGUCUGAAAUACAACAAUUCUACAGGAGUUCCAUUACCUACUAGCUCUACAAAGCCAGUGGGUCAAGCAUUUGAAGAGAAUACAAAGGUGAUAUGGUCUUUGUUAAUGGAUGAUGAAGUCCCAACUAUUGGUGUUUAUGGGAUGGGGGGAGUUGGUAAAACAACAAUACUGCAACAUAUCCAUAAUGAACUUCUACAAAGACCAGAUAUUUGUGAUCAUGUUUGGUGGGUGACCGUGUCUCAAGAUUUCAGCAUUAAUAGAUUGCAGAAUAUUAUUGCUAAACAUCUUGAUCUUGACAUUUCAAGGGAGGUUGAUAAUCUGCAUAGAGCUGCCAAAUUAUCAGAAAAACUAAUGAAGAAACAAAAAUGGAUUCUUAUUUUAGAUGAUUUGUGGAACAGUUUUGAGCUCCAAAAAGUGGGAAUUCCUGUCCGGUUGAAAGGAUGCAAGCUGAUUAUGACAACUAGAUCAGAAACAGUUUGUCAUCAGAUGACUUGCCAACACAAAAUCAAAGUGAAGCCACUUUCUGAGGGAGAAGCUUGGACUUUGUUCAUGGAGAAACUUGGAAGUGAUAUAGCACUUUCACCAGAAGUUGCAAAAGCUAUUGCUAGGGAAUGUGCUGGUUUGCCUUUGGGAAUUAGUACAGUGGCAAGAAGCUUAAGGGGAGUGGAUGACCUACAUGAGUGGAGAAAUGCAUUGAAGAAAUUGAGAGAAUCAGAAUUUAGGGACAAUGAAGUAUUCAAGUUAUUGAGAUUUAGUUAUGAUCGGUUAGGUGAUUUAGCACUUCAACAAUGUCUCUUGUAUUGUGCAUUAUUUCCUGAAGAUUGUGAGAUUGAAAGGGAGAUGUUGAUAGGUUAUUUGAUCGAUGAGGGAAUAAUUAAAGGAAUGAGGAGCAGGAAAGAUGCAUUUGACGAGGGCCACACGAUGCUUAAUAAACUUGAACGUGUCUGCCUAUUAGAAAGUGCUCAAAUGACACAUGUCAAGAUGCAUGACUUGAUUAGGGACAUGACCAUUCAUAUACUGCUAGAGAACUCUCAAGUCAUGGUUAAAGCAGGUGCACAAUUAAAAGAGUUGCCAGAUGCAGAGGAGUGGACAGAGAAUCUCACAAGAGUCUCACUAAUGCAAAACCAAAUUAAAGCAAUUCCUUCCAGCUAUUCACCUAGGUGUCCCUAUCUAUCAACUCUAUUGCUUUGUCAAAAUCGUUGGUUGGGAUUUAUUGCAGAUUCAUUUUUCAAGCAAUUGCAUGGGCUCAAGGUCCUCGAUCUGUCUUGCACAGGUAUUAAAAAUUUGCCAGACUCUGUCUCUGAUUUGGUGAGUCUCACUGCAUUAUUGCUCAAUGAUUGUUGGAAGUUAAGACAUGUUCCAUCAUUAAAGAAGCUCAGAGAACUGAGAAGGUUGGAUCUCUCUUGCACUACACUUGAAAAGAUGCCUCAAGGAAUGAAAUGCCUAACCAACCUAAGGUAUCUUAGAAUGAAUGGAUGUGGUGAAAAGGAGUUUCCUAGUGGGAUAUUACCAAAACUCAUUCACCUGCAAGUCUUUGUACUAGAAGAGUUUUUUAAGGAUUUUUAUGCUCCAAUAACAGUUGAAGGAAAGGAAGUAGGAUCCUUGAGAAAUUUGGAAACUUUGGAAUGCCAUUUCAAAGGUGUCUCUGACUUUGUGGAGCAUCUCAGAUCUCGGGAUGGGAUCCUAUCAUUAAGCACAUACAGAAUUUCAAUAGGAAUGGUGGAUGAAGAUUUUUGGGAAUACAUUGAUUUUUUUCCAAGUAAAACAGUUGGGUUGAGUAAUUUGAGUAUCAACAAAGAUAGAGAUUUUCAGGUCAAGUUCUUAAAUGGCAUUCAAGGACUGGUUUGUCAAUGUAUCGAUGCAAGAAGUUUGUGUGAUGUUUUGUCAUUAGAGAAGGCAACUGAACUGGAGGAAAUCAGCAUUCGGGGUUGCAAUAACAUGGAGAGCUUGUUUUCAUCUUCUUGGUUCUGCAAUGCUCCACCACCAUUACCAUCAUAUAAUGGUAUAUUUUCUGGUCUUAAAGAGUUUUAUUGCCGUGAUAGUAAGAGUAUGAAGAAGCUGCUCCCACUUGUGUUGUUGCCAAACCUCGUAAACCUGGAAAUGAUUGAUGUUAGUGAUUGUGAGAAAAUGGAGGAGAUAAUAGGAACAACAGAUGAAGAAAGCAACACCUCCAGUUCCAUCGCCGAAUUAAAACUCCCAAAGUUAAGAGCUCUGAGACUGAGAUAUUUACCAGAAUUGAAAAGCAUUUGUAGUGCAAAACUGAUUUGCAAUUCUCUUGAAGAUAUUACUGUAAUGUAUUGUGAGAAGCUGAAGAGAAUGCCGAUUUGUCUUCCGUUGCUUGAAAAUGGCCAGCCAUCCCCUCCCCCUUCUCUUAAAAAUAUCUAUUCAAGUCCACAAGAAUGGUGGGAGACAGUAGUGGAGUGGGAGCAUCCUAAUGCAAAGGAUGUCCUUCGUCCCUUUGUAAAAUUUUGGCCCUUAAUAUAAUAUAAUAUAAUAUAAUAUUAUAGAAUAAAGGGUAAGCAUCAUCUUUUAUGUCAUGUUAAUUUCUGAUUGAUUGGACUCGUUAAGCGUUUAUUAAUAAGAAAUAUUUCUUAUUUA